UGCGCCAUACUUGAUGACGUCAUUACUUCGAUGCCAAGAACUGAUGACGUUUUGUGCAAGUGGGAAAAUAAAUUGAAAGUUUCUACAUUUUAGAGAAGAAUUCAAGAGAAAUCGAUGCUGUAUCCUGUAGCUGAAUAAUUCAUUAUCAUGAAUACAUUUGUGACUCACCCGAGUGUGCGCAUGAAGGGGACAGAGAACAACUUCAACAUUCUGGAGUGUUUCAUUGCUAGCUGUGAAUUCAAAUACCCUCACAUGCACUGUCCAUUCUGUGUGAAAUCUGAGGCCUACACUGAUCCAGUCAUACUGAGAGCACAUUACAGGGUCAAGCAUGUCGAUAAAGCACUAGAUUUUGCAGGUCUGAAGAUUCUAAGAUGCUGUGAAAGCUGUGAUAUUGUAGGGGCAAUCAAAGGAGAGAAGAAAUUCAAAGGGGCGCACUGGCACUGUUAUAGAUGUAAGAAUGGCUUUAAUAGGAGAGAUGAGGCGAUUAAACAUUACAAGACUCACUUUAGGAACCCACAGACCACCUUCCAGAUACAGGUUACUCAGGAGGUGAACACACCAUACAACACCAGUCCGUUGCUAGGGGAGACAGCAGCAGCAACUGAAGAAAUCUCAGUCUCUGCAGAAGACAUCAUGGUCAGCUCUAAUACAAUACACCCUGCAUUAACUGAGGCUGUCAUGAGCCAAGAGAAUUCCAUUCUAAAUGCAUCCACUGAAAGCCUGGAGUCAAGCGGACCCAAAUCAAGUGACCAAUCAGUGGCAGCCAAUGAGACUGUGACAUCACAUGCAGAACAACAACAGCAACAACAUCAGACUAUGAUUAUCAUACAAGGAGAGGAUGGUCAGAUGUUACCAAUGAGCGCAUCUGACCUCACAGCCAUUAAUACAGAGUUUGACUUGAGUGAAAUCUUACUGAAGAAGGGUGAGCUUGAACGUAAAGUGGAAAGUCUUGAGAGAAGAAAUGAACAACUUGAGAUUGAGAAAUGUGAAACAGAACAAAGAUUAACUCUGGAAAUCAAUCAACUUCAGUCCCAGGUCCAAAUGCAGGCGCAUGACAUAACACUGCUGCAAGAAAAAGAACAGAACUUAAUCAAUCAACUAAGCAUCCCAUUGGAUGAAAAGAUCCAAUCCCUCAUAGCAGAACUCCAAACCAGGCACACAGACUUGAUACAUCAACAGCUUGGUGAAGUGAAACGCACAUAUUGUCAGCGUCUUGGGAAGGACAUCCCAAUUUCCAUAGAAACAAAUAAUUUAAAGACUGUUCUCAAAGAAACAGAUGUUGAGGACUCAAGAGAAAUGGAAACGGUUGAGUUUACUGUGACUGAGAACAUUAAUGAAGAGACACAAGAGAAUGUGGACAUUGUUGGGACUAUUGAUGAUGUAAGUGUAACACAAAGUGAUGAUGUCACAACUGAAAAUGAUGAUGUCACCACUUUUGAUGGUGAUGUAACAACAGGACAAAAGAGAAAACCUGGGUCAUCACCUGGGAUAGUGGGAGCAAAAAAGAGAAAAUCUUGACUUUGAAUGUUUUUGUGCUGUUGUAUGUGUUCCUGUAUUAAUGGUUUGAGAAACGUUUGAAAACUGGAUAUGUAUGUGAAUCUAAUAAAGUACAUUCAGUGUGGAAAUCAUGGAUAAAAAACAAGUGUAUUUUGUGGGGUAAAAUGUAUCUUUAACUCCCCAGUAAUAGAGUAACCAACGGUUGCACAUCACUGAACCCUGUGGAAAAUAUAUUAGGAUAUUUUGGCCAAAAUAACUAGAAAAACAGCAACUCCA